AAAAUGGAAUAACUCUAUAAUAUAGAUACAAAUAUCUUCACAUUAACCAGAAACUUAGUUUAUGAAUAAUAAUAAAUAAAGGAAGCAUCUGGAGAUUUCACAUUUUUAAUCUCUUCAAUUUAAACUGCGUGUAAAUUCAUAUCCUCGAAAGUAAAAAAAGCCGGAAUUGCAAAACUAUAUGGAUAAGCUGGAAUUGAAAAUACUAGUGGAGAUUCAGUUAAAAAAUUAGAUGUUUUAUCGAAUGAGGUUUUUAUUAAUUCUUUAAGAUCAAGUGGAAAAUGUUGUAUUUUAGCAAGUGAAGAAGAAGAAAAACAUAUUGAAAUCGACAUAAAAUAAUAAGGAAAAUAUGUUGUAUGUUUCGAUCCUUUAGAUGGUUCUUCUAAUAUAGAUGCUAAUGUAUCAAUUGGAUCCAUUUUUGGAAUCUGGAAACGUGUCUCGGAUCAAUCAGAACCUGCAGAUAUUGAAGAUAUUCUCUAAAGUGGAAGAUAAAUUGUAGCAGCAGGAUAUUGCUUAUAUGGAUCUUCGACUUAAUUUGUUAUUUCAACUGGAAACGGGGUCAAUGGAUAUACUUUAGACCCUUCUUUGGGUGAAUUUGUACUUACUCACCCCAAUAUAUAAGUUAGACCAAGAGGAAAUAUAUAUUCUAUUAAUGAAGGAAACUCCUUAUAUUGGGAUGAUGCUACUAAAAAUUAUAUUAAAUCAAUUAAAUAACCCAGUGAUGGAAAUAGUCCUUAUUCUUUAAGGUAUAUAGGGUCUAUGGUAGCUGAUAUACACAGAACUAUUUUAUAUGGUGGAAUUUUCCUAUAUCCAACAGAUAAAAAAAAUAAGUAAGGUAAAUUAAGAGUACUUUAUGAAACUUUGCCUAUGGCUUUUAUAAUAGAAAAGGCAGGAGGAAAAGCUAUUACUGGUGAUGGAAAUGUUCUAGAUAUUAAACCGAAAAAAAUACAUGAAAGAUGUGGAAUUAUUUGCGGAUCAUUUGAUGAUGUUAAUGAUUGUGAAAAAUUCUAUUUAGCUGAUAAAAGAUAAUGA